AUGGCCACAAGAGGCUUAGUUUUCUAUCUCCUAUCAAGUUUUUCGGUGGCUAUUCUCUCUGCGUUCUUCAUCACGCAGUACCAGAAUGGUUACGACUCUCCCCUUCAAUCCCGUCUCUCUCUCUCUCUCAAUUCCAAUCUUUCUUCCCACCUCUCCAGCACAGACAAAACCUGGCCCGAAUUGAAGUUUAGUUGGAGACUUGUUUUGGCGACAGUGAUUGGUUUUCUGGGAUCAGCAUGUGGGACAGUAGGAGGUGUAGGAGGGGGUGGAAUAUUUGUUCCUAUGCUUACUUUAAUUGUUGGAUUUGAUACAAAGUCUGCUGCAGCUCUUUCUAAAUGUAUGAUAAUGGGGGCAUCUGCAUCAUCAGUCUGGUACAAUUUGAGAGUGCCUCAUCCAACAAAAGAAGUGCCAAUUAUAGACUAUGAUCUGGCCCUUCUCUUUCAGCCCAUGCUCAUGCUUGGCAUCACCUUGGGUGUGGCUCUCAGUGUUGUCUUCCCCUACUGGCUCAUCACUGUCCUCAUCAUUAUACUCUUCUUGGGAACUUCAUCAAGGUCUUGUUUUAAAGGGUUUGAGAUGUGGAAGGAAGAGACUAUCAUGAAGAAAGAAUUUGCAAGGCAGCAAGAAACUGUAGUGGACUCUAGGGGUGAACGUGCAGUUCUAAUUGAGUACGAGCCAUUACUUCCUAGAGAAGAGAAAUCAAUAAUGCAAAUAUUAAAGUUCAACCUUAGGUGGAAAAGGGUUGUGGUGCUGGUAGUAGUUUGGGUUCUUUUCCUAGUUCUUCAAGUCCUCAAGAAUGAUGUAAAUGCUUGCAGUGCAUGGUAUUGGGUCUUCUUCUGCUUACAGUUUCCCAUUGCACUUGGAGUGUUUGGGUAUGAAUCAGUCAAGCUGUGCAAGGAGCACAAGAAGAGAAUGAGCACAGGAAACACCGAAUCAAUUUGCGAGGCUUCGAUCGCAUGGACUCCUAUUCACAUAGCGUUCUGUGCACUCUGUGGUAUCUUGGGAGGCACUGUUGGCGGCUUGCUUGGAUCCGGUGGAGGAUUUAUUCUUGGCCCUCUCCUUCUUGAGAUAGGCGUUAUCCCUCAGGUUGCAAGUGCAACAGCUACAUUCGUGAUGACAUUCUCUGCGUCCUUAUCGGUGGUGGAGUUCUACCUGCUCAAGAGGUUUCCUAUUCCAUAUGCUUUAUACCUCACAAGUGUGUCUGUCUUGGCUGGCUUCUGGGGACAGUGCCUUGUAAGAAAAGUAGUUACAAUUCUCAAGAGAGCAUCAAUCAUCGUGUUCAUCCUCUCUGGUGUCAUCUUUGCUAGCGCUAUUACAAUGGGUGUGAUCGGCAUAGAAACGAGCAUCCAAAUGAUACAAAAUCAAGAAUUCAUGGGAUUCUUAGACUUCUGUAGCAGUCAGUGA